UUUGUUGGAUCACCCUACACUGUCCCACUUUCUCUUAAAUAUUUGAUCACAUUUCUUAUCAAAUAGAAGGAAAAAAAAAGCUUGACCUUUGAAGAGUGAGACAUCUCUUCAAUCUUCUUCUUUUCUUUAUUUCCAUGGAGGAUUACAACAAACAAGUUUCUUAUGGAGCACCUAGGUCUUAUAGUGUUUCCUAUGCACAAACUCAAAUUGGUCCUAAGGACUUGAAGUUUAAGAAAGGAAAAAGUGAUUCAUCAAGGUCUUCAAUUUCUAAGUCUUGGAGCUUUGGUGAUGAUCCUGAAUUUCAAAGGAAGAAAAGGGUUGCUAGCUAUAAAAUGUAUACUGUGGAAGGGAAGGUGAAAGGUUCUUUUAGGAAGAGCUUCAAGUGGUUGAAGAAUAGGUAUUGGCAUGUUGUUUAUAACUUGUGGUGAUUUUUUUGUUAGAUUUGGUCUUCUUUUGUGUUUCAUGUUAAUAAAAUUUGAUUUCUAUAUGUUUAUG